AUGGUUUCUGCAGAGGGGCUGAUGGACUUCGCAAUGCCCUUGGACCUUUGGCGCUCCUCCGAAGGAUCCUUUCGAAUCUUCCGCAAGGACCUCAUCGUAUGGCUGGUGGGCUUUGUCUGCACCAUCCUCGCCGGGGCCUUGUAUGGGAUCAUCCUGUCUGUUUUGGUGGCCGUUGCACAAGUGGUGGCAGAUGCUAGCACUCCCCACGCUGUUACCUUGGGGGCCGUGCCGCAUUUGGAAGGCCAGUGGCACGACGUGAAAAGGUGGUCUGAAGCCAGGACUGUGCCGGGUGUUUUGGUCUUUGAGUUUCGUGGCCCCCUGGUUUUUGCCAGCGCUGAGUGGUUUCGUGACGAAGUGGAGCGCAUGCGGCUUGCGGAGGGCCGUGCAGGUUCGAUUCGCUACGUGAUCCUAGGGAUGGGACCUGUGCCGGUGAUCGAUUACUCAGCCAUCGCCAUGUUGCAGUCCAUCCUGACAGAGUGGAAGAAGAAGGGCAUUCAUUGCAUCAUCGCGGAAGCCAACUACAGCGUCCUGGAGCUGAUGCACGAGAAGCUCGGGGAUCAGCUGGAGCAGUUUGAGCAGGGCUCGCAGGGGGUGCUGAGCAUCGAGCGGGCCGUGUCUCUGGCCACGGGCCACGCGACGCGCUCCCUCCUAGCGUCGAAGCCGGUCGGAACUUGUGAGUUUUGA